UACACUUUUUGAAGCUCAUCCCAAAGAGAUGAUCCAUGCUAGCAUGCUACCACGUGUGAAGAAAAGGCCAAGGCCAGUUGAGGCUGUUGCUCGGGGUCAGGAAGAGGUCAAGUUCAAUGAGGUGACGGUGUACCUGGUGGAGAGGAAGAUGGGCAGCAGUAGAAGGAGCUUUCUGACCAGCCUGGCCAGGUCAAAAGGCUUUCGAGUGGAAUACGUCCUCAGUGAUGAGGUCACUCACGUGGUGGCAGAGGAUAACCAGGCCGGGGCAUUGUGGGCAUGGCUACUGGGGAGUGGUCUGAGGGAUGUCUCCAGACUGGCUGUGCUGGACAUCUCCUGGUUCACGGACAGCAUGAGAGAGGGGAGACCUGUCACUGUGGAGACCAGGCACUGUAUUCCGGCCACUUCAUCCACUGCGACAGAAUGUUCUCCAUCCACUGCUGCAGCCAACGUUUCUCAAUACGCAUGUCUGAGACGGACAACCACGGAAAAUCACAACAAGAUAUUCACGUGCGGAACCUCCAGCGACAGUCAACGGUCCGGAACCUCCAGCUCCAUGGCCGGAGCCUACCCCUGCGCCGAUGCCAGUCCAAGCACGGCGUCCAGUCCAGCUCCCAAGGCCAGAGUCUUCUUCUGCUCCGGUGCCCAUGAAACUUCCUCUGCACCGAUGUCCAGUCUAGACCCGGUGUCCAGUCCCGCUCCAUGGCAGGAGCCUUCCUCUUACAUCAAGGUCCAGUCCAGGCAAGUGUUCAGCCAGUGUCCAUGCUGGAUCCGCGGGAUGAGCGGGUUCUUCGUCCCGUCUACCAGAGCCGCCCCGAUGCUGGCGGAUCCGCGAGCUGAUUGCCUGUGA